AUGACGACAACGGCGCGCACAACGGGCGCAGAAGCCCAGGCAGAUGAGUUGCGGAGGAGAAAUGUGGCCACACCACAAUCGGCGUCAGUCGAACCAGUGGCCUCACAGAAGGAGAAGUCAAAGGAAAAGCCUUUCAGCAUCAUCUCCUUCCUCGAUGAGUAUGAGUUCAUACUGGCACCGAUAAUCUUCACCGCCCUCGCCUUCUUCACGCGAAUGUGGAAGAUUGGCCUGUCCCCCAUUGUCACUUGGGACGAAGCCCAUUUCGGCAAGUUCGGAUCACACUACCUCAAGCGCGAAUUCUACUUCGAUGUCCACCCUCCGCUCGGAAAGAUGCUUGUCGGUCUCUCGGGAUAUCUCGCGGGAUACAAUGGUUCAUUCGAGUUCAAGUCUGGGGAGAAAUACCCCGAAGAGCUCAACUACACCUUCAUGCGCCUCUUCAACUCUGUUUUCGGUGCCGUCUGCGUCCCCCUGGCCUACUUUACUGCAAAGGAACUGAACUUUCGCCGACCGACCGUCUGGCUGGUUACCCUGGCCGUCCUCUGUGAGAACUCGUACACCACCAUCAGUCGCUUCAUUCUCCUCGACUCCAUGCUUCUCUGUUUCACCUUCACGACUGUCUUCUGCUGGUCCAAGUUUCAUCGUCUGCAAAAGGAUCCCUUCUCGCCUGAGUGGGGUCUGUGGCUGAUGCUGACGGGUGUCUCAAUUGGGUGUGUGUGCAGUGUCAAGUGGGUUGGAUUCUUCGUUACCGCUUUGGUCGGUCUUUACACUAUUGAAGAUCUCUGGAACAAGUUUGGCGACCUCAAGAUGCCAAAGAUUGAAUUAUUCACGCAUCUAGCGUUUCGCGUUUUCGGCCUGAUUCUCAUCCCAUUCGUCGUAUACCUCUUCUCCUUCUACCUCCACUUCUUGAUCCUCGAGAACAGCGGUCCCGGAGAUGCCCAGAUGAGCUCCCUCUUCCAGGCCAACUUGCGCGGAACUGAGGUUGGAAAGAACAGUCCUUUGGAGGUUGCCUAUGGCUCGCGAGCUACGUUGAAGAACAUGGGUUAUGGAGGUGGUCUCUUGCAUUCCCACGUGCAGACAUACCCAGAAGGAUCUACACAACAGCAGGUUACUUGCUACCACCACAAGGACGCCAACAAUGACUGGUUUUUUUACCCCAACCGCCACGAAGUCGAAUACCACCCUGACGAGGAGCUUCGCUUCCCUGGAAACAAAGACGUUAUUCGCCUGAUUCACGCUCAAACAGGUCGCAACCUCCACUCGCACCAGGUCGCCGCUCCGGUCACCAAGGCUGAUUGGGAAGUCUCCUGCUACGGUAACGUCACCGUCGGUGACACCAAGGACCACUGGAUUGUAGAGGUCGUCCGUGACGCCGCUUCGAGGGAUUACUCCAGGCUUCGGACUCUUACUACUGCUUUCCGUCUCAAGCACAAGGAUCUUGGAUGCUAUCUCCGCGCCGGCAAUGUCAACCUGCCUCAGUGGGGUUUCAAGCAGAUUGAGACGACCUGUGUCAAGACCAACAACCCUCGUGACGUCUACACUCACUGGAACAUUGAGAGUCAUACCAACGAGAGGCUCCCACCUGGCAACCCAGGCGACUACAAGUCUCCAUUCUUCCAGGACUUCAUCCACUUGAAUGUGGCCAUGAUGACCUCGAAUAAUGCCCUUGUUCCUGACCCUGAUAAGCAGGAUGACCUCGCCUCUGCCUUUUGGCAAUGGCCCAUCCUCCACACUGGUCUCCGCAUGUGCGGCUGGAACGAUGAUAUCGUCAAGUACUACCUCCUGGGGAACCCCGCCGUCUACUGGGGCAGCACCGCCAGUCUGGUCGUUCUCCUCCUCAUCGUCGCCUUCUACACGAUUCGCUGGCAGCGCGGCUACACGGAUCUCAAGCAGGAUGAAAUCGACCAGAUCCAUUAUGCCGGUAUCUACCCGCUCAUCGGCUGGGUCUUGCACUACCUUCCCUUCAUGGCCAUGGGCCGUGUCACGUAUGUGCACCAUUACUACCCUGCCCUGUGGUUCGCCAUCCUCGUCAUGGGCUUCUGUCUGGACUUUUCCACCCGCAAGCUCAGCAAGGCGGCGCAGUGGGGCGUCUACGGCGCCCUCUAUGUGCUCAUCAUCGGCUUGUACUGGCUCUUUAGGGCGAUUAGCUUUGGCAUGGUUGGCCCGAGUAGCCAGUGGCGUCACUUGAAGUGGUUUUCGAGCUGGAAGAUGACGGAUUGA